CCCUAUAUCCCCCGCCUUCUGACUGCACAUAACAAGAGCUACUUAACCGCCAUAGGUCUAAUACACGUAGCCUACUCACGGUGGACCAUGUCCCUUCCAAUGCGGCCAACAUGCAUUAUACCUUUGAUUUGUGUUAUUCUUAUGUCGGCACCUGGAUGUACAGCGCGCUACGCAGCAAACUGGACCAGUCUGGAUGCCAGACCCCUGCCCAAGUGGUUCGACGAGGCGAAGAUCGGGAUUUUCGUCCACUGGGGGGUCUUCUCGGUCCCUGGCUUCGGGCAGUUUAGUGAGUGGUUUUGGUACUGGUGGCACUCACAAAGACGCGCUGAAGAAGUUAAGUUCAUGCAGAAGAACUACCCGCCGGGCUUUAAAUACGCGGAUUUUGCGUCCGAGUUUCGCGCAGAGUUCUUCGAACCGGACAACUGGGCAGACAUCUUCAAAGCCUCUGGAGCCAGGUAUGUGGUUUUCACAUCCAAACACCAUGAAGGAUUCACAAACUGGCCCUCAGCGGGCUCUUGGAACUGGAACUCAGUGGAUGUAGGUCCUCACCGGGACCUGGUGGGAGAACUGGCUACAGCUAUCCGGAAGAAGUCCCUGCACUUUGGUCUCUACCACUCUCUAUAUGAAUGGUACCAUCCCCUUUACUUGUUGGACCAAGCCUCUGGAUUUAAGACUCAGAAUUUUGUUGCCCAAAAGACUCUUCCAGAGCUAGUGGACCUUGUGAUGUCGUACAAACCUGAUCUGAUCUGGUCUGACGGGGACUGGGAUGCACCAGAUACCUACUGGAACUCCACCGAGUUCCUGGCCUGGCUCUACAAUGACAGCCCAAUCAAGGAUGUGGUGGUUACCAAUGACAGGUGGGGUAAGGGCUGCUACUGCAAACAUGGAGGCUACUACAACUGCGCUGACAGGUACACGCCCGGUAAACUUCCAGACCACAAAUGGGAGAAAUGCCAGUCCAUCGACAGCCGCUCCUGGGGCUACCGAAGGGACAUGAUGCUGAGCGAAAUCAUGGACCUGCCGUCCAUCAUUAAGGACAUGGUGUAUGUGGUGGCAUUGGGUGGUAACUACCUGCUGAACAUUGGGCCGAUGUCAGAUGGCAUGAUUGCCCCUGUGUUUGAGGAGAGGCUGAGGGGACUUGGUGCCUGGUUGGGGAUUAAUGGGGAGGCCAUCUAUGCUUCCAAACCCUGGAGGGUCCAGACGGAGAACAGCACUGUCACUGUCUGGUACACUGCUAAAAACAAAAUCGUUUACGCCAUAAUCCUUGGCUGGCCGUCCAAACAACCACUUCAGCUCACAGCACCAAAGACGUCUGGAGUCACACAAGUUACACUUCUGGACUAUCCUAAUGUUCCACUGAAGUGGGCACCAGUGACACCAACAGCUGGACUGACGAUUGUUAUGCCUACAAUGCCAGCAUCUCCUGGGGAUGCCUGGUGUCUAAAACUGGAGGGAGUGGUCUAACGUCAGUGAGUUGUAACAAAAGACCAAGUAGUCUUUACGUUAAGGGACAUGUCUGUUACACUUUACUAUACUGUGUGUGCAAUUGUAAAUUAAGGCUACGUUUAGACGGAAACGAUCUGAAGAGAAAACGUGGCGUUGCGUUCUCACUUUUUAUUCCGUGCGCGCCUGCGUAGAACCUUCCUUUUCACCCGUGAGCGUAUUCGUGUAAACAGGGCCUAAGUAAUCAAUGGGAUUUAAGUGGGAUUUUACUCUGCAUUUAGCAUGCACCGUAAUAUUAAAAGGCUGUCACCUUUUCAGUGAUAAUGAAUCUGAAUGAUGAAAUGUCAUGUUUGAAGUCAUUGAAAAAUGUAUUGCUAUUAGGUAAUCUCUAUCAUUCCUCCUUAUUGAGCUCCUAUGUUCACUUAUCCUGUGUUUUAGUGAACAUGAUGUAUUACCUUCAUUUUUUCCCCAGUAUAAGGAUGAGUGAAGUAGUAACAUUUGACCGUAUUGUUGCACUGAGCACAUCAUCUGCAUUUGUAACAUCCAUUUGAAAGAAGUUUCAACAAAUCCUGUGUACUCUUUUUCACAGAUUUUUACAUCCGCAUGUACAAGACUAUUUCUAAGAUUCUUAUCUCUGUGAUAAACUAUGAAUGGUUCUUUUAAAUCUAUAAAUAUUGCAGGGUCUGAAUAUAAUGUGCCAAUGUUUUUUUUUUAUAUAUAUGAUGGAGUCCAAUAUGUGACAGUUGGGUAUAAGUAUAAUAAACAUGAUU